UUUCGCAGCACGUACAAAGAAUAAAUAAAUAAUUAAAAAAAUACAUGAAUAAUGCAGAAACGAAUUCAUACUGCGCUGAGAAGUUUUCAUUUUUAUUGUGUAGGUUACUUUAAGUAUUGUUAAUUUCUAAGCAAUAAUAACGUGUUGGCGAUAGAAAAGAAGUUCAGUGUUUUCAACACUCACUCAAAAGACAAAAAACAUCCAGAGUGCAUUUAUAGCGAGAAAGCGAAACCGAAACUAACUUGAGUAGCGAAUCGUGUUAAACGUAGCAAACACACGUGCUCGGCAUGCCGCAUAGCUGCACUUCUGUAGAGCUGGCCCUGUCGAGGUCUACCGCGACGAGGCAAGCCGGUUUCUCAUCUGCCCCGCGAAAGACUCCUCCCUGCCUAGGCUGCGUGCCGCCCUGAGUAAGCGCGGCGGCCCCAACGCAGGGUUCAAGUGCAGCUUGUGUGCGCGACUCCGCGGUUUAAUCUCGCCAUCUCCACCAACGGGCCAACAUCCGCUACCGCUUGGCCAGGCCCCUGCGUUGUUCACGCUGGUUUCGUCGGUGCGGCGUCGAGGGGGGUGACGGAGUACUCAACGCUCGUGCCCAGGAGAGGUUUUCUCUUACUCGAUUUGCUUUUUUUUUUUUUUUUUUUUUUUUUUUUUUUUCCCACUUCGCCACGACGACGCGCUGCACCUCGUUUCCUCACGCUUUUUACUUGGCACGGCCGGUCAUAUUUCGGCCUGUUCCGGGAUCGUUACACUCUCCUCCCGUCGACCGGUAACUGCGUGGAUGUGUGGAGUGCGCAGAAGCGCGGGUGAUCUUGGAGCUUAUUCACGAGCCAAUGCGACCAUCUUGAGGGGCGAUCGCUCCGACAAAUCUCUCUGCGGAUAUUGACGUUGUCGUGCACCGGGAAGAUGACCACACAAGCGGCCGCGGGGCGGUGUGCCACUUGCGCCGACUACGAGGUGGAGAGGCCAAAGUUCAUUCGACUGACUCAGCUGUCGAGGCAAGCGGUGAGAGAUUAUGAGGACCUGCGAUCCUGUUAUGAAGAACUCAAGCAACGUUAUGAAGAGCAGCAGAGGCUAGCCAAGAAGUUUCGCAACGAGAAUGCGUCACUACAGCUGAAAGUACAAGAGCAACAGGAGACGCUCAACAGACUGCAGAAUGCCUCGGAAGCUGUGUGCGAGGAGUACGGGAUGCUCAGGAACCGCUACAAUGCCGAGACAAAGGCUGCCUCCAAGGUGUUUAAAAAGGCCUCUCAAUGGUAUGUGGAGAACCAGGACCUGCGACGCACCUCCCAGAUUCUCUGGGAGAAGGUGGCCGCAUCGGGCGAAGACCUGUCCGACCUGCCCGUCCCUGCACUCUCAGCGGCGACGUCCACGUCAUCCGACCUGACGAGUAAUGGCACCGCUGCUCACGAUGAAGAGGUCGAGCAGCUCAGGCAGACAGUCGCGGAUCUGAGGCUGGAGGUGACCUGCCUCAGAGGUGAGCUGGAGCGGAGCGAGAGCACUGGCCGCGACUUGGCUGCCAAGAAUGAGCGGCUUUUGGCCGAGUUGGAGGCUGAACGGACUGAGCGCAGUCGUUGCCAGAAGCGGCUCGCUGAGAUGGAAGACGGUAUGGGCCGUCUCAACAGGGUGUCGGUGCUGGCUGCCAGAGAAUACUUUGAGCUGCGCAAGAAGUUUGAGGACGAGUCGGAACGGAACCGAGUACAUGAGAAGGAGGCUGCCAGGCUGAAAGGAGAGCGCAAUGCAGCCGUCCGCCAGAGUGCCUUCCUCGUGGGUCAAAUGGUGCCUGAGGUGAGGCUGCUGUCAGCACUGGACCAGGUCAAGGCACUCGAGCUCCAGGCAGCUGCAGCCAAGGCAGAGCACGAGGCUGAGGUCCGGGCCCUGCGUGAACAGCUGGACUUGCAAAGCGCCCCUGGGGAAACAGUGGAGGAACUGAAGCAGUGCCUGGGAGAGUCCGAGCAGAAGCUGUACGAAUCCCAAAAGAGGGUCCAGCAGCUUGAGGAGAGGGUGCGAGAGCUCAUCACAGAACUGGACCAGAAGGCCUCAGCACCCAGUGUUGUCAGCGUGCCACCGCCUCCUCCACCCCCGCCCCCACCACCACCUGUGCCAUUCAACCCACUCAGGUCCCUCAUGGCGCUCAUUGCCAGUGGUAGAAAGACAGCUGCACCAGCUACAGCCACUGCAAAAGCAAAGGAAGAUCAGCUGCAGGCGAAGCUGAUGGAGGAGAUGAUUGAGCAGAUCAAGAAGGGCGUCCACUUGCGGCCCACGGCACGACCUGUCCAGGAAGAGGAGCUGGAGGAGAGGUCCUCUUCAGAGCCAGCCGUCAAUGAAGUCCUCAGCAUACUGAAACGUACAGCCCCGCACUCUCCCGUGGAAGCCUGUUUUGGCGAGAGGGGUGACAUUAAGGGUCGGAAGAACUCUCGAGGGGUGCGUCAGUGUGACUCGCUGGACUCCCUGGCUAGCAGCUCUUCCAGCAGCCGGGAAGAGCAGAGCGAGCUGGAGCGCCUCUUCCAGUCCAAGAAUCUCCGUCACAGAGCCGAGGCUGACUCUGAGAGCUUGCGUUCAGUCAAGAGCCUGGACGUGGAUGCUCCGGACAACAGCUGACCGACAUGACUUCUUCCUCGACAACAUUUGGUGGCACACCACUAGGACCACAUGCCCACGGCAUGCCUCCUGCAGUAUUCUGUGCAAUAUUAGUCUUGCUGUUCUGGUCUUUUUAUUUUGAGGGAACAAUGCUUUUACCUUCCAGAAAAGCAAGACUUUGACAAGCAUAUACUCAGUUAUGCUGCCAUUUCUAUUUAUCUUUUAACCCGCGGCACAGAAAUAACCAUUGUUAUUGUCACAGACCAAGUUCAGUUGCUGCGGCUUGCAACUACAGUGAUAUGGACAAUGCAUUGCUAUGCCUCCUGCCAGCAGCCGUGAACUAACUCUAGGGGAGAAAAAAACAACAACAGUUAAAUGCUAUUUUUAACACCAGUACAUUCUCAAGGUGGCAUUUCGGUAGCCUCCAUAGCAUGAUCAUCGCACGUGGGAAAGACACUUGCUGUACGUGCAUGUAUGCGGCACUCGGAGACUCAUUGCGGCACGUGCAUUCGUUUGGGUGCAGCACCUCGCUGGUAUGUCAACAGUGAUCGCCAUUGUCAUUGUUGUCCUCCAAUAUGCUCAUCAGAUGUCAUCACCAAUGUGCACGGUAGUAUGCAUGCUGUCUUACUGUUAUCUUGAUGUUGAGAGCAUUCACAAAAAGAGUGCUCGAGGAAGGGGACUUACCCCACCCCUGUUCUCAAGUGUUCCUUCACUUUAUGCACCACCUUGACGCAAGACAGCACACCACACUUCAAAGUGAAGCGCCCACUGUGCAUCACUAAUGCCUCUUAGUGGCGAGUGAGUUGUAAUUUUUCAUUAUUAGACACCUUCGGCAAUUGCAAUAUUUACUCGAUUCUAUUGUACCCUCGACUGUGAUGCAUGCUAGCUUUUCACAGCCUGAUUUGAGAAAGUGCGUCGCCCUCAAAUGUGAUAUACCCCAAUUUUCGCACUGCAAGAAGUGAUAAGUGCAAUGCCCUUGACUGUGCGCUAGCUGCAUUUGCAUUGUAAGAGAGAGAGUAAUGUUAUUUGAAAAAAAAAAUUAUUGCAUCCGAGCCACAGUGGACCAGGCAUCAUUUAUUUAUUUAUUUAUUUAAAAUACUCUCAAUGCCUGAUGGCGUUACAGAGAGGUUACACAUUAUACAAUGUCGGAUACAUCAGUCUGAAAAGAUGAAUGAUCCGCAUUGCUGGCGACCGAGGCGGGGAGGUGGUUCCAUUCGGAUGCUGUCUUGGGCAGGAAUGAAUUGAAGAAUAGGUUUGUACGGCAACUUGGUACUUGUAUCUUGAUGUUGCAGUCAAUUCGCGGUGAAAUGUAAGGGGGGGGGUGAUAUAAAAAGGUCAUUUUUUUAAUUCUAAGUUAGUAUAGCAAAAUUUUAUCAAAGAGUGAUAACUGGGCGAGUUUCCUUCUUGAUGAUAGGUCUGGUAGAUGAAGGCUAGUUUUGAUGACGGAUAUACUGGCACUGCGGGAAUAAUUGCAUACAUUCAAACAUGCAGAUCGGUUCCGAAUGGCUUCAAGUAAGUAUGUUAGCUGUGCUGUAGAGGGAUCCCAAAUUGAUGAAGCAUACUCUAGUUUGGAUCUUACUAGUGUUUUAUGUAAUGUAAGUUUGAGGGAAGAGGGCGUGCGUGAAAAAUUGCGUCGUAAGAAACCUAGUAGUGUUCAAUUGGCAGAAUUAGUCACGUAUUCAAUGUGAGUUUGCCAUGACAGAUUGUUAGUAAUGUGAACACCUUAAUAUUUAUAGGAUGUGACAGAGGACAGAAUAGAGUUGUUAAUUUUGUAUGAGGAUGGAGAAACACCACUACAGUGAGAAAAUUUCAUCAUUUUACAUUUGCUGACGUUUAGAUUCAUUAACCAUUGGUUACACCACGAAGAAAUGGUGCUAAGGUCAGAUUGAAGUAAGAAAGAAUCAUCUGGGUUAGUUAUUUCAUGAUAAAUAAUGCGGUCAUCAGCAUAAAGGUGGACAUUACAUGUUAAUUUGUCCAGAAGAUUGUUAAUGUAAAUAAGAAACAAAAGAGGCCCAAGGACUGAGCCUUGUGGCACACCAGACGUUACGAAACAAGUUGCUGAAACUGUUGAUGAAACGGAUUGACGAAAUCCAAGUAAGGUAAUAAGGGUCACUGUUAAGUCUGCUUAAUUUCAGGAGGAGACGAUGGCAUACUGUGUUAAAGGCUUUUUCGAAAUUUAAAAAGAUACAGUCAAUGCAAGAACCUCAGUUUAGAGUUGAGAACAAGCCAUUAGUAAAAGUAACUAGUUGUGUAUCACAUGAAAAGCGUUUUGGGAAACCAUGCUGAUAUUUACUAAAAGAAGUUGGUAAAUUCAAGGAAAAGCACGAGAUUAGAGAAAAUUAUGUGUUCCAGAAGUUUCCUGGGAAUGCUGGUUAACGAAAUGGGUCUGUAGUUGAUAGCGCAUGAAGGGUUACCUUGUUUUGGAAUAGGCACCACCUUCCCCGCCUUCCGGUCAUUGGGCAGCACACCACAUUCCAAAGGCUGCUUGAAAAGUUUAGAUAAAAUAAUAGAUUAGUGGGUUACAGUGCAGUUCAAGAAGUUAUUUCAUCAGGGCCGGGUGCAGAUAUCUUUAGAUUCUCUACGAGUUUUGUUAUUCUAACCCAGUCAAUGAUUAUGGGAUCCAUCGUGGGAAACAAGGGGUUAUUAAAUACGGGUGGUGAAAAAGACUGAUCAUUAGAAAACGAACGUUUAAAUACGUUAUGCAGAGCAACACAGCACAUAUCAGAUGGUAUGACGUUCACCAUCUCGUCAAACAGUCGGAUAUCUUGUUUCAGUUCACCGUUAACCACUUCCCAAAAUUUACGCGGCUUAUUUCGAAGCAGCGGAGGAAGAGUGCUUGAAAAGAAUAGCUUGGCUGGCACUCAUCACUGGUGUCGGAGGCCUUCUUAUCACCAGCAUCAGUGCAGCCCAGGGCAUACCAUAUUCUAUACUGACAAUGGCAUUUGAGAUUGUACCACAUUUCUUAAAUGCUGUGCAGGCCUCCAUUACAGCCUAACAAUCUUACAGAGGGGGCUCUAAGCUACCGCUGGUUCCAUCGCUGCAGCGAUGUGUAGAGCGGAUUGGAUGACGAAAAUUGUUAAUGCCAGUGAACGAUAGGUUGUUGCUAUUCCAGUUUUAGUUUUGUAUUCAAAUCUAACAUGUAUGUCAGUUUUUAGUACAUCAUCUAUCUGAAAAAAAGUGCAUGUUAGAAUUGGUUAAAUAUGGUGAUCAAAGGCAGAGAGUUUUAUCCUAGGAAUAUUACAGGGAAAUCUGGUGCUAAUGUGGUAGUAGCACUGCCAGAGAGUGGCACCCGAUAAUGAUAAAAAUGAUAAAAUAGGCAAUGUGAGGAUUGUUAUGGUCUUGGGCAUUCUGUCUUCAGACGACUUUCUUGAAGCUUUCUUGUCACUGGAAAUUCUUUGUACAGCACCCAUUCAUCUCAUUUAAUCCCUAAUUUCUAUCAUUCACACGUUUCCAAUGCAUUAUGAACGAUAAAGAUUGUUUAGAAUAUAAAAAGUGUAAUUGCCCAUGGGUCAUGUUGCUGCCAAGAUUAAAUGAAAUUAAAUUAUGGGGUUUUACGUGCCAAAACCACAACCUGAUUAUGAGGCAUGCCGUAGUGGGGGACUCCGGAAAUUUCGACCACCUGGGGUUCUUUAACGUGCACCUAAAUCUAAGUACACGGGUGUUUUCGCAUUUCGCCCCCAUCGAAAUGCGGCUGCCGUGGCCGGGAUUCGAUCCCGCGACCUCGUGCUUAGCAGCCCAACACCAUAGCCACUGAGCAACCAUGGCGGAAAAGAAUAUCACUUAAUUUUGGAGACAUGCAUGUUCUGGGUAGUUCAGAUUUAUUUAUGCACGAUGAAUUGGGGGACAAAAUGAAUGCCUAGUUGUGAAUGUACAACGCUUAACUGCUGUGAAGAAAUGCUGUGAGGCUAACAAUCAAUUGGUCGAACCAUUCAAAUUUUUUUAAUGUCACCCAUGGCUCCAGCAGUUGUUUAACACCUGCAGCACUGUAUUUACCUCCGUUAAUGCGAUGUGAAACUCUAUGCCAAAGCAGUAGAAGGGUGUUUUCCAAGCACCUCCUUGCUGCUGGAAUUGCCAAGGAAUGUUACGAAAGCUGAAACAUACCAUGGGCAGCACUGCCUUCUUUUAAGGGAGAAUGUGGCUGGGCAUUAAGUGCAGGAACAUUGAAGAAUGUAGCGCUUGAGCUACCACAGCCAUGUGGCAUAAAAACACUUGAGGCUAGGUUUUGUUGAGAAAGGGGCAUCAGUUGGGAGCUACGCUGUGUUGCAGAAAAUUCGGUGUCGGCGUUGGCGCUAGCAUUGGCGUCCAGUGAGCGAAAAUUGUCGUAUAUGUUUAGAUAUAUGUAUAUGCCACGCCUUGCUAUAGACAUGCAGUAUGUGCGGGUUAUAUUGCCACACCAUUCUAUCGCUAAAGUUGCUCAUACCUUGUCUUGCAUUCUUGACAAAGUUAUUCCUCGUAAUUUUGAGAAUGACAGCCCACAAACAAAUGCCAUGAAACAAAACGCCGACAGCGCAUACCUCUUAUGUUAAAUGGGAGGCGUGAGAAGCAGUCAGGGAUCUUUGAAUGCUGUCGCGUUCCACUCUUAAACGCGAAGCUUAAACGUCCUCCAAAUUUUUGUCAGUACAUCUGCUCUAUGACACUUCACCGUGGAAUAAUAAGCAGUAGUCAAACGAGGGCUGUCGCUGGAGCCAACGUUUUGUGAAGGCUUGGCUUGUCUCUGUCAGGGCUUGGCUUGUCUUCGAAAAGCCUGCUUGUUGAAGCGUCCGCUCUAACGACUGCCCUUGUUUGACCACUGUUCACUUCAAGUCUACAUCUUGCUGUGAUCCGCUGUCUUGCUUUGCUUUCAUUGUUGAAUGUUGGCCAUAGCCUUGUCUGACAUUGCUCACUUGACCUUGCACAUUGUGUUCUACAAUUGUACACAGUUUUUUGUAUCUCAUCACUCGCAACCACUUUUCCUGGAUGCUCACCUUGUGUUCAUGGGUCUACCCACUUACACCUGUGUGCCUUAUAAGCAACUGAGUUAUACUCACAGAUUCCCAAUAUUGCCAUCACAUGCCUUUCUCUAUUAUUUUUUUUUCUAUUCCCACAUAACUCCUUAAACGAACACAUUAUUUUCCAGCUUCUACUAGUAUUUUAAUCUCCUGAUUGAUUCAGUUUCCCACUCUUCACCUGGUUAGCUCAGCUGUCGGGGCAGUGACUUGUAGUCUAGUGGUGGCCUUCGGUUUUAGUGCUGAUAUGGAGACCAACUGUAAAUUUCAGGUGAGAAGUUUGUUUUUGAUUGAGCAGCCUGGCCACUUGCCUAGCGUUCUUAUUACAAUGUUGGUGGAUGGCAAAAACUGUUUCCACCAAUGUAGUGUGUCCAUGCUAGAAGUGCACAGUGCGUUAUGGUAGACAACAUCACAGAAUCGGGCUUUCGCUCACUUUUUGUUCUUUUGUGUUCGUAUUUUCUACACCUAACAUUUCAAAUCAUUCAUUUGUAAUGGGGCCAGUGGUGGGACUUGGGGAUAGAAAUAUAAUCGUCACCGUAUGAAGAACCUCUCUGUUUGUGUCUGAGCUUCCUUCAGAAUACUACUAUUGCUCAGUGUUUAGUAGGACGUACAUAAUUGACUUCACUGCCCACUCACAACCACAUGUUCAAAAGAGGUCUUUGUUGUUUGAACGAAGGUGGCUUGACAGUCUGUUAUUUUAACGGCAUGUGCUGACUAUUUUUAAUUUUAUUUUUUGAAUGAGAAGAGUUUGCCAAGGCAAAGAGAUGUAAAUAUGAGGUUUUUGUCUUCUCUGCACAAACAUUGCCACACACACACAAAAGAAGUGCUUUAUUCUAGAAACACUGGCUGUCAAAAUUUCAGCCUUCUAGACUUAAGUUGUAAUCUGUGAGAAAUUAAGAGCACUCGUAUUACGCAUGCAAAAAUAUCUAGGUAGGGCAAAUGUGUGUGUAGUGACUGCUUUGACAUUGUGUACAGCACAUUGUUUUAGAGUUUAUACUUCAACGUGUAUGACACAAUUUGUAGGGAUGUGCAGUUAUCUAUAAUUUUAAAUGCAAAUCGAAUACCUUUGUUUUGAAGCGGAGUACUAUUCAGUUCAAGAACUUCAUAGCAGGGGUGGGACUCUCCAAAGUCAUUCUGGCGCAAUUUCUGCAGCAGGUCAAAAUCCGUUUUGGAGCCGAGAAAAUAGCGUUUCGGAGCAGCUUGCAGCAGACUCAAUUUUAUUUUGGAGCAAUUUGGAGCAGAUAAAAUUUUAAUUUGAAGUAGUUUGGAGCAGGCCAAUCUGAAUUUUGGUGGAAUAAUGGAAUACGGCAGCGCAUUUCUAAACCACGAUGAAACACAAAAUAAACUAGCAGGAAGCUCAUAGUGGAAGCGCACUUCGCACCUAUAGAGUAUUAGAAUAUGGAAGAGUGGGUCGAGCGGUGGCUCGGUGCAUGCUUUCCUGUAAAGCCGGAAACAUCGGUUGCACAACGAUCAAACUAUAUAUUUCCGUGCCUACGCUCAUGAAGAUAGCGGAAAAUGUUCUCAAAACUAUGCGAUCAAACUAUAUAUUUCCGUGCCUACGCUCAUGAAGAUAGCGGAAAAUGUUCUCAAAUUAUGAGGUCGAAUCGACGCUGUAAUGUAAUUUCUGUGUCACCAUAUUUCACCGCAGACCAAGAGAGCCGCAACCAACCCUAGGCUGGUAUAAUGUGAAACUAUUCCAAUCUGUUUUUCUUGCAGUAGUAGUUAUAUCGACACUCCAGGCACAUUUCUGGCGUCGCCAUGAUGUUCCAUACUAAGUCCAGGAGCGAUAACAUGAUCGCCGCGCGCUAUAUACUGCAUGUGCGAGUGAAAGCGUGAAGAUGAGCCGACGAUGGCGGCACAAUUUCACGCGCGAGAGAGAGUAAAGCGGGGAUGAAGUGCACGGUCUCCCAUCGUGCACAAGGCACCAGGGAGAGGGGUCGUUCUACUGCGGCGGUUGCUGCGUAUGGCGCGGCCGCGCAGGCCCUAUCUUUGCGUUGAAGCGAGGCAGCACAAAGGUGAAUCCGCUCGCGGCUGUGGCCGCGCUUGCUCACUCCAGUGUUUUCCCAGUGAGUUUCUGCAGUGAUUGAGUGAGAUAUGUACAUGUUUGCUUGUGCAUGUGUGACACCAUGCUUGUUAAUUUAGUGAGUGAACACAUGUUUACAAGUUUAUACAGCCAAUAAAACUACGAUUCUUGCUUCUUAUAGCUGUGUACUAAUUUGCUAUCGCAAUUGAUGCUUCGCCUUUCGGGGGAUACUGCGACGUUUUAUUCCAAAUCCGCCAUUAGCCCUUGGUGAUAGUUCA